AUGGAGGAAACUGGAGGAGUGCAAGAUGAGGUAGAAACUAAUGAGCAUGGCAAAGUAGGGGAGGGGCAUAAUAUUAAACCAGCUCUUAUGAUAGUGGAGGAGGAAGAUGCAGGGGUUGUGGCAGUGCAACUUUCAACCCAUCCUCUACAACAAUUGACACCAAUGGAGACUCAAGGGGUUAAGGCUGCUAUGAAGAGAGGAUGGAAAAGAGACCUAAACCAGGAUAGAAGACAUGCCAUCAUGAAAGAGCAGAAUGAAAAACAAGAGGCCAAUACAACUAGGAAGAGUGGAGGUGGCUAA